GUAAUGGAAGGUGAAAUUGAGGCAUUCCGUGUCGGCAUGCGUCGCUACGCUAAAACAACUAAAGGGAUUGAGAACUAUUCGCCUCGUAUCGUCUGCAUUAUUGCGUGCAAAAGACAUAACAAGCGUUUUGCACUUGACAAUGGUCGUAUGCUCGAAAACUGCUUGCCGCUGACAGUAAUAGAUAAGGAUAUAACGCGUCCGGACACCACCGAAUUUUUCAUGCAAUCGCACAAAAUCAUAAAGGGGACGGGGAAGCUGCCGGCUUAUUCGAUGCCGCUGAAUGAAGCAAAUUUGACGAUGGACGAAGCGCAGUCGUUGAUGAUGGCCCUCUGUUUCACUCACCAAAUUGUCACUCAGUCAAUUUCCAUCCCAGAACCAAUCUAUCAGGCCGACGAAUGGGCCAAAAGAGGGCGCAAUAAUUUCAAAGCCAUGGUGUACGUUUUUCUUUUGAUCUGA